UGAACCAUCCCAAGUGGUGCUGGCAGCAUGGAGAGGGCCGAGAGAGAACUGCUGGAGACCCUGGCCAUGCUGGGAGAAAGGGAGCUGCAGAGAUUCAAGGACAAACUGAGUGAAAUCCAGCCGAAGGAGGGAUACCAACAGCUCCCCUCUGGGAGCCUAAGAAAUGCGGCUCCUCCAGCCCUCGCGGACCUGCUCCUCCUCUUCUAUGGGACGGACUAUGGGGCGGAGGUGGCUGCGGAGGUGCUGAGAGCUAUUGACCAGGGAGCCCUAGCAGAGAGAAUUGAGACACUCAUUGAUGCACUGGAAUGUGAGAAACAAAAGCAGCAUCCCUUCGUGGGAGGAGGUUUCAUGUUUUGGAAAUGCACACUGAACGAUGAGCAGUACCAGACAAUCAGAGCUGAGAAAACCAGCCAGGAGAAGAUGCAGAAGCUGUACGAGCUGGUGCCGGGCUGGAACAAAUGGCAGAAGGACCGGCUCUACCAGGCACUGAAGGAAACAAACAGAGACCUGGUUGAAGAGCUGGAGGGGGGACACUUUGUUGACCUGUACCGAGAGCAGCUGAUCCAGCGAGUCUCAGAAGUGGACGGAGUCCUGAAGCUACUUCGCGGGCACACGCUAACCCGUGAGCAAUACAAGAGCAUCAGCACCAGGAGAUCCAAUGUGGAGAAAAUGCAGAAGCUGUACGAGCUGGUGCCGAGCUGGGGGAGGGAGCAAAAGGACCGACUCUACCGGGUGCUGUAUAUAACAAACGGAGCCCUUCUUCUUGAGUCUGCAGAGGAACAUUUUGUGGAGCGGCACCGGGAGCAGCUGAUUCAACGCGCCUCCUCAGUUGACACAAUCCUGGAUAUGCUUCAUAGGGACAAGCUGCGAUAUGAUGAACAGUUGAGAAAAACUGAACAGAAUGAACUGUGGAUGGAAGGACAUUCCGGUCACAUGGAAGCUCCUCAUGAUCAAAUUUCCACUGAAGAACUGACAUCAGCAUCAGCAGGAGUGAGACGCAGGAGUGAAGAUGCCACUUCAGGCUCCUGGGGAAAGGACAGAUGUGACUUGUGUCACAGAGAGAAGGAUUUUGCAGAAGAAGUAAAACCAGAGAUUUUGCCCGGCCCAGAGGAGAAUCCGAAAUUGUACAGGGUUCAUUUCCCCCAGGCAGGCUCCUUCAGAUGCUCUGAAACUGAACUGGGGUUCGAGGUGUGGGCAGCCGUGACUCUCAGAUACAAUUAUGAAUCCUGGCGUUGUCAUCAGACAGAACUGGACAUGCAGCAGUGGAUGAUCGCUGGCCCUUUGUUCAACAUCUGGGCGGAACCGGCCGGAGCUGUGGCAGCUCUGCACCUCCCCCACUUCAUGUGCUUUGCAGGGGGAGAGGCUGGCGUCUCCCAGAUGCGAAUGGCCCAUUUUGUUGAUGGGAGGAUGACGCUGGAGGAGCCAACGCGAGUGAUGCCUUUCCACGCUGUGCUGGAGGACCCCCGUUUCUCCUUUUGGGGAGCUAUUUUGAAAAUAGGAAUAUCUAUGCUAUCUAGUCCAAUCCACGGUAUCACACUGCUUUACCGGGCACUCAGGGCUGAAAAUAUAACUCUCCACCUCUACUUGAUACCUGACAUCCUUCCAUUGAGAAAGGUAAUUGAUGACAAUGAAAGAAAGUACAAAUCAAUACGUGUGCGCAAACCUCCUACAACUAAACCAUUGACCUAUGGCUCCCAUUAUGCUGUAUCUAGCACAUCAGAUGUAGAGAUAACACCUGAGGUGACAUUACGCACAGUUCACCAUCAACAGAACGCCACACAGGAGGUGGCACAGGGAAGACAAUGAGAGAUCACCUCCUGGACACCCUGAAAAACCUCCUAGAGGCAAAGCUGAAGGAGUUCAAGAGCAAACUGGCUGACAUCAAGCUGGAAAAGGGAUACCACAGCCACAUACCUCGAGGUGACCUGGAGAAAGCAGAGCCGGUGGAGCUCACUGAGCUGCUGAUCAGUCACUACGGGGAGCACUAUGCAGUGAGGGUGACCACGAUGGUGCUGGAAGCUAUCAACCAGAGAGACCUGACAGAGAGACUUCGCAGGGCAACAGUGGCUGGUCAGGAAUGAGCCAGUGGGGGGAAGAUCAACCUCCUCUCUACAGGGGAUCCCACUGCGUCUUCAUCUCUGCAUCCUCCCUGUUCUCUGAAUUCUAAGCACAACUCAGACGGAAUAUACUCCUCUCUUUGUAAGUCAGAGCCCUUGGGAACUGCAUACAAAGCCAAUUCCUUUCCGAGUUCACGUUUUUCUGACCCUUUAGGAUCAGGUUUCACUUUAAUUGUCUCUCAGUCCCCCCCCCUUCCCCCAAACUCUUUUCAACCCCCCACUCCUAUCUGCAACCUGCAGUUUUGAUUUUCUUAUCCCCCUACCCACUUGAAUACAUUUGUUCUCUAUUUAUCAUUCCACUAGUAACUCUGCAGGGUGUUAAACAGCAGCUAUUAAAGUUAGACAUUUUUAAAUCACCACAUCCAGGUAACUUGCAUCCAAGAGUUUUAAAAGAGCUGGCAGAGGAGUGCUAAUGUUGAUUUUCAAUAACUCUUGGGAAGUUCAAGAAGACUGGAAGAAAGGGAAUGUUGUGUCAGUAUUUUAGCAGGGUAAAUGGGAUGGCCCAGGUAAUUAUAGGUUGGUCAGCCUAACAUCAAUCCUGGGCAAGAUAAUGGCACAGCUGAGAUUGGACUCGAUUCAUAAAAAAUGUAAUUAAGGUAAUAAAAUUAAUGCUAAUCACAGUGGGUUUGUGGAAUAUAGAUCCUGUCAAACCCACUUGAUACUCUUUUUCAUGAGACUACAAGUUUGGCUGAUAAAGGUAAUAGUGUAGAUGUAGGAUACAUAGACCUGUCUAUACUACAAAGUUAUGUCAGCGUAAGUCAGCUUGUUUUAGCUUAGUUUUACAUGUGUCCACACCUGCAUUAGUCUCCUGCUAACAUAACAUCACCUCUCCAGAUGACCAAGCCAGAGCUGACCUAUUUCUAGUCUAGACAUUGCAUUACCUAUGUUGAUCCCAACGGUUCUCCGGCAGCUGUCCCACAAUGCCCUGGUUGCCCCCGUGACAGUGACCAUUCUGGUCGCUAUUGUGAAAUCCGUUGCCCAGGGGUCUCAGACACCAGAAGUCUCCUUCCGUCCCCUUGAAAAACUUCAUUGUGUUUUGGAAAUGCCUUUUCCUGAUUGUCCACCUUGGCAAGCAUGCAGCAGGCCAGGGAGACCACCACCACAUCUAGGGCUCCCCUGCAGACCUGCCACUUCUACAAUGAACUACACCCCCUACCAGCACCCGAAAUCUGACCAGGGCCACUUUGCAAGAGCUAGGCAUGGGAUCCCCCACAAUGCACAGUGAGGAGGAGAAGGGGAUGAGCAGCAGAGGGGAAUACAAAACAUGCUGGGAGCCAGGAGCUGCUUGAAACUCUGCCGGAAUUGAGCCAGUCCCAUCACACGAGCACGGAUGAGCCCGGGGAUGACGGUGAAGGGAGCUCAGCAGCUUCUGCCAGGGUGCCCUUGAGAGGUGCCCCCUCCACGCCCGCUGAGCACCUGAUCCAGCUCACGUGAAGAAAGAAGCAGUCCAGGGAGAUGUUCCAAGAUUCUCCAGUCCACUGCAGCUUGUGACUGCAAACACAGGGAUUGGAGGGGGCUGAAUGAUCAAGAGCAGAGUGAAAGACAAAGAUGGAGAGGUCGGAUGCGGGAGGAGAGGCAAAGGGACCAAGAGGUGCAGUGGGAAGUGCAUCAGGACAUGAAGGCCCAAACCUGUCUCCAACUACUGGGGCAUAUGGUGGCAGACACCUUUGCUAUAAAGCAUGUAAGACUCCACAUGCAUCAUCUUCGAGGAUGACUCAGAACAGUAUACGUUCUGAGAAGACAUCAAUGCCGUUAACAAUCAAAAACUCACUCAACUAGGGGGCAGAUCCUCACAACAUAUGUGCAAGUGUUCCCUUCACCCAACCACACCUGUCACUAACAUUGACGAUGGAUGCAAAUGGUCCAGAGGAUUAUGGAGCUAAAUGCCCAAAGACUCCAGACACAGCAGCCUUUCCAUCCCGUGGAAAACUCCAUCGUUUCUGCUCCCUAUACCCCCAGAAGAACAGGUGACAGCAUGGCAGGAACUGGGGUGGUGGAACUGGGAGAAGUGGGGCGGGGGGGAGCACAUUCACAAUGCAAAUAUUCAGGGGGUCUGCCCCCAUGUAAACUUGUGCAUGCACAGUAGGAUGGGGCAGGGAGGUGCAGGGGUGGUGUUAAAUAGGUCUUGGAGCAGUGGGAAGUUCCAGAAGACUGGCAGAAAGCAAAUCUUGUGCCAGUAUUUUAAAAGGGUAAAUGGAAUGACCCAGGUAACUAUAGGCCUGUCUGACAUCGAUCUCAGGCAAGAUAAUGGAGCAGCUGAUACAGGACUCGAUUUAUAAUAAUUAAAGGAGAGUAAAGAGACUAGUGCAAAUCAGCAUAUGUUUAUGGAAACCAAAGACUGUCACAUUAACUUAAUAGCUUUUUUUUUGACAAGAUUACAGGUUUGGUUGAUAAAGGUAAUUGUGUUAAUGCAAUAGACUUCUGUAAG